AUCGCAAAGCAGUGCUGCAACAUCCACCGAGUCGGAAGCUGGGAUUCAUCUUCAGCCUGUGACCGUCAGAUUGGGGACGUUACAGCAGGAAUAUACCGAGAUUAUACUGUUUAUAUAGUGUUAUUAUAUACACGGUUAUUAUAUACACGGUUAUUAUAUACACGGUUAUUAUAUACACGGUUAUUAUAUACUGUAGCCGCCAUGUCUGUGGGGAACGACUUUGGAAACCCUUUACGGAAAUUUAAACUUGUUUUUUUGGGCGAACAGAGCGUCGGAAAAACGUCCCUGAUCACACGCUUCAUGUACGACAGCUUCGAUAACACUUAUCAGGCAACCAUCGGGAUCGACUUCUUAUCCAAAACCAUGUACCUGGAAGAUCGGACGGUGAGGUUACAGCUGUGGGAUACAGCAGGUCAGGAACGCUUCAGGAGCCUCAUCCCCAGCUACAUACGAGACUCUACUGUGGCCGUGGUGGUGUACGACAUUACAAAUGUGAAUUCCUUCCAGUUGACCUCCAAGUGGAUCGAUGAUGUCAGGACAGAAAGAGGAAGUGAUGUCAUCAUCAUGCUGGUCGGCAACAAGAUAGACUUGGAGGAGAAGAGGCAAAUCUCAAUCGAGGAAGGUGAGCAGAGAGCUAAAGAGCUGAACGUGAUGUUCAUUGAGACGAGCGCAAAAAGUGGCAGCAAUGUGAAACAGUUGUUUAGGCGAGUGGCUGCUGCUCUGCCUGGAAUGGAGAAUAUGGAUGAGACGAACAAGGAGGGCAUGAUUGACAUCAAGCUGGACAAAGCGCAGGAGCCUCCUGUCAGCAACAGCAGCUGCUCGUGUUAAUACAGCGCCCCCUCAUGGACACCUCUGCACACACACCUGCUUGUUCUGUUGCUUCCCACAGCUUGGCAUCUCGACUGGACGCAGGCUUCCUACAUCCGACUGAACUGACAGUGAUUAAAGCUCUCUCUCUCUUUCACUCAAAAAAUAAAAAAUUAACAUUCAUAUUGUCCAUCCGAUAACGACAUAAUGUAAAUAAAUAAAACAAAGACAAGCUGUUAGACUGAUAAAAGGACUGAUAAAACGACAAAGUCAAGCGAUGAUAAAAAUAUAAUGUUUUGAGAAAUGUUACGUUCUGUUGCGUUUUGUAGUUUUCUACAUCAAAAGAUUUUGGGACAGGAAGUAACAGCAGAGCGCAGGGUCAUUUCUUUAUCCUUACAAUGCAUGUAGACAGAGUUCUGGAGUCAAUUACGUCUUCUGGUCCCCAGCAUAUCGUCAGCAAUUCCAUAAAGGUCUACAGAUGGCCGCUUUAAUCUUAAGGCUGCGAUACGAAAUCACCGGUUGAAUGAUUAAUUUCACCCAAUAAUAAAUGUCUCUUUCGCAUGUUUUUUUAUGCUUUCGUAAAUUAAAGUACAAUAGCGCUUUUGAGAAGAGCCGAAGCACUCCCGUUAGGGUUGAGUGUCCACGCUGAGGUCUGCCACGUUGUACUGUAUUGUAAAUAGUAUUUCUAUUACCAUGAACACUCAUCAUAUUAUUCGUGAUGUGUGUGUCUGUGUAAAAUUACUUUUUGAUAUACUAAGGGCUUUACUCUGUUUCGUUCCAGCCCACACCUUUAAUGUUCUUCAUUACGUUUUCAGCUCCGUGUCAGUUCUUGUACUGAAGAGCAAAAACGAGGAGAACAUCUAAAAUACUCAAAAAGUGUUCUUGAUUUUGCCCAAAUUUCAAGAAUAAACACUAUAAUAAUAAUAAUAAUAAGCUGCACUACUAUGAUGGACAUGAAGAUAUGUAGCUAUGUUUGUGAUUAUUUAUUUUAGCUAAGUAGUGUGUCAAAAUUUAAUGCAGAAAAACAAUAGAUGGAAAAAAAAAUCAGGUAAGAUAGCUGUUCGAUAAUUAGACAUUUGGAAUAGUCACAGCCAUUUCUAAUCUAGAUGAGAAAUAAACAGUGUCUUACGGCUUCCAAGCCACCGGGGGGCACUGUACCGCUUUAUUAUUAUAAUAAUAAUUUGUUUUUUCAUCAUUUCCAGUUAUUAUGCGUCAGGUUUUCACAGGGUGCAUGCUGCACCUUGAGAACUCUUAUCAGAGAUAUGAUUAUGCAUGUCAGAAGAAGGCUAGCUAAGGUAGCUUGAUAGCUAGCUAGCAAAAAUACAGCAUAUGUGUUUUUAAACAUAUUCAAAUGUUGAGAAUGCGUUGAUUAGUGACUGUCACUAAAUCCAUCAGUUGUUCAUUAGGUAAAAACUUUCAUUAGCGUUCACUAACUUUUUGUGUUUGGCAAAUUAGCCACUUAGCAAUUAGCUUCUGUAGCUUUAUAAAGCUACCUAUGUUAACAUCAUGGAUUGUGAAGAUGAAAGCUGCUAGAAAGGACCCAAGAAAAUGAACUCAAACACUAAUGAUGUUUUGUUUUACUGAUGAUUUACCCAUGAGAAUAAGUAGAGUUUAGAUAAAGAGUGCAGUCGAAUUACGUUUAGUCGAGUUAGCUAGCAAUAAUUUCCUGCGGUAACACUUGCUAGUGAGCUAGUUAUGCUUUGUGGACUUGAAGCUGCUAUUAUUGAAGCUAAAGGCUAGUAUGUACACACUGCUGUGUAUUUUUGAUCUUGAGGGUGACUUGAUUUUACUGACCCACAAACAAGUUCAUCUCAAAGACUCAAAAUUCAUAGUGACAGAGGAUGAGAUGAGAUUCGGUACAUUUAUUUUAACUGAACAUUGUGUUGUGUGGAAUUCUGGAAAAGUAUGACAGGAAAUAAGGAAUUUGUGCGAGUUAAAUAUAUCAACAAUGUACAAUGAAGGGAACUUUAAUUAGGCGCUAGAUAAGUUUAGUUGAACACUCGACAAAGAUAAGUAGCUUUAGAUGCUAUCAAAUUGAUAGUUAAGUUAGAUUGUCAAUAAAAUCUAACUUAAAGACAGUCAUUCAGUCGGUUAUCUAAAACAUUUACAAGUUUUGUUUUAUUGAAAAAUCCUUCUAGUUUGAGACAAAUGGAGGCAAAACAUAGCUAUCUGUAUCCUACAGCAACGUUUACCUCAGGUUAGCAUGAGCUGCAGUGUGUCUGGGAAAAGCUUUUUAAUCUGUUUGUUUGUUUGUUUAUCUUUCUUUUUUUCUUUCUCUGGUGUUGUAUUUGCACCAUGACACACGGUUAUUGAUUUUUUUUUUAUAUCUUGCACAUUGUUUCAGUGUCAUAAUGUUAAGAAAUGUGGAAAGUUUAGCAUCACGUUAAGUGUUCUGGAGCGUAACUAAGAUGUUCACUGUCAGAUGAAUGUUAUGGUUUUAAAGCAUGUAGAAUGUAGUGAAAAGCUGUGGCUCAAGUCCACGCUGUGAUAUUCAGGUUGUUGCACUGAUUAUGUUAAAGGAAUGUGAAAUGUUUACUUAACACAUUAGUAAUAGGUUCUUUAAUAUUUUAUGAUAACGUCUUAUGUUUACCUGAAUGCACUGACACCACUGUAUGUAUGUAUAUAUAUAUAUAUAUAUAUAUAUAUAUAUAUAUAUAUAUAUAUAUAUAUAUACACACACACACACAUACAUAUAAAUAUAUCUAGACAUUUAUUAUCUAAUUUUAUCCCAGGUUGUUUAGUUAGUCUACUAAUAGAUAAGAUAUUAGCAUUUAAAAAUGGCCGCCAUCGUGAUGGUCAACAGGAACUGUUAGGAAAUCUCUAAUUAUUGUAUUUAUCAAUGCAGCAGAUCAUUAAGGAAAGCCACUGUAGUGAAUAGAGAACCGAUUACCUUCUUAUGUAUUGUUUCAUCUCUCACGUUUUCAUUUUUCAAUAUUUAACCUGAAACGUACGCUUUACUUUUUAUCACCUUCUACAUUUUUGUGACACUAGUGUGCCUUCUGUUAAUCUAACACCAAAAUGCAAAUGUACGGUAAUCUAAAUACGGUGCGUUCAAAUGGAAGUCGUGAAAACAAUCCUGCUACGUGUGACCUAGCUAACAAACCAAGGUUAGCGAUCACGCUACACGCUAUAUUGUCGUAAAACCAUUUCUAAUGAUGAUAUAAAGACGGGGUUUUAUCAGGAAUUUCUCAGAUUUGUUCUUGAAUUCCUAAGAAAAGACUUCAUAGGAAUGAAAUGAGAAAGUAUUUAUUACACUUAGCAUCGUCACCUGCUGAACAGAAUUCCAUUCGUUAUGAAUACCACAAGAGGGAGCCAUUCACAGACACGACUCCAUCUGAACACAGCGUUAGACACACCAUGAGCGAUUGUCAUUUCCGAAGUAAGCGACGUUGAUAUAUUUGUGACGUAAUUGUGUAUUGUCAUGACACUGAUGAGGUGAAGACUCAUUUUAGGUGAGGAGUUUUUUAUGUACAGUCAGUGCAGAGCCGUUAUCGGACCUGUCGGUGUGGGGUCAAAGCUGAACUCAAGUCCAUUCUGUAAAGCCAUUUAUGAGCAUGACAUUUGUCUGAAAAGAUCAAUAAACUCUCUGUGUUAAAAUCA